GAAUCGUCGUAACUCGAGGGGGUCGUAACUCGGGGGACGCCUGUACAUACACCAUGCUACACAGCCUGCUUCUGAUCUGACAGUACAGUACCGAACGGCUUAUUGUUUACAACAUCACUCGCUCUGGACAUUCCCGAAAAGGUUCACUUUCACAAGACCAAGUAAAACUCCACUAAAUAAGAGGCUAAUGCACUAUAUAAGGUGUAAAAGCAGAGCCCAGAUGUUUUAUGGGUAGAUUUUUUUGUUUACCAAAUGGAAAAGCAUUAAAGCUACUCUUAAACAGGUACCGAAGCAAGUGUUAUUUCGUUGGGUAAAUCUCCAGCCACCAGGGCAACCAGGUAAAGCAACGAGGGUAUGGAGAACCAACACAACUGGGUAAAGCUAAACGGGACAACAUUUUCAUUUAAAACAACAAACGAAGAGUAAGUCCAAAGCCAGUUUAAGAUUGCCAGCCAUCGUAAGCGCUUGCAGUACAUCGCAAAGCAAAUGUCCUUCCAAAUUCUAACAGCACCAAGCGAGUUGUUAGCAAUCCACAAUGGCUGAAAACCGUGUAAACGCAACCAGCGAACAAAUCGUAAAGCUUAUUUCACUUAUUGAGAGCAACAAACAGAUUGUCGCCUGGCGGAGUCUAGGAACUGCCAAGUAUUGGAACGCCGUUGCCAAUGAGCUCAACGCAUUAGGUCCACCGAUACACAAUCGAACGGAAUGGAAAGAGACCUGGGAGGACUACCGCGACACCCUGAAAGACCAACUGGCCGACAACUAUGUGAAGAACAAAGAUGCGGGAAAACAUCCAUGGGAUUUGGCCAGCUUUACGCCAUUGGAGAAGCGUGUCAUUGACAUGAUGUGUCUUGUGAAAUCUUUGCAGCCUAUACCGAACACAAGGGCCUUGGGUUUGCCACAUAUGUCUCCUGUGAAGUUUGUAAGCAACGAGGUACAGCCACAACCAUCUCAGCCACCUGUACCGCCAGAACCUCAACCUCAGCCGGAAACGAAGACAACUGUUGGCUGUGUUAGAAAUCGUCGUCACAGAUAUCGAAGUUUAGCGGAGCUUCAGUUGCUGGAGUUAAGGAAAUUAACAAAGGUGAAUAGAAAACUGUGCCUUUUGAAGCAGAAAGAGUUGAAGGUGAAAAACAAACAGUUGCUUUUGAUGAAACAACGACUCAAGAUGGAUAUUGAAAUUGCUCAAAAGCGUCUAGAAUGGGACAGAGAAAUGGCAGGAGUGUAACAAGUGACAAAGUUAAGUAUGAACUGAAUAAAGUUGAACUU